AUGCUGGCUGGAGGUGAAAGCAUGGCAAGUACAUCGCUGUGUUCUGCUAAUACAUCGGCCUCUCCCAGUCUUCGGAAAGUGUCAGGUUUGGUAGAAAACAAAACCACACAGUGCUCGUUUUCCAUUGAAAGUAUUUUGGGACUGGAGCAAAAAAAAGAUGGCAUUCCGUCUGUGAAACCUCACAGACCUUGGAUGGAUGCAUGCACCGGCUUGGUUUUAGGUGAUGACAGUAGUCCCCAUCUGCAAAUCCCUGUUGUUUGCUAUGAAAAGCCAUUAUUUCAUGCUAACAGUAAUCCAGUGCAAGAGGAAAAAGUUUUGAAAUGUGAAAAAUAUUUUUCAGUGACUGAAAGGCUUUCUUUCAAACGAGAACUGAGCUGGUACAGGGGAAGAAGACCAAGAACUGCAUUCACUAGAAACCAGAUUGAAGUCUUGGAAGAUGUUUUUAAGAUGAACUCCUACCCUGGCAUUGAUAUUAGAGAAGAGCUGGCUCGCAAAUUAGAUUUAGAUGAAGACAGGAUCCAGAUCUGGUUCCAGAACCGUCGUGCCAAGCUGAAAAGAUCACACCGCGAAUCUCAGUUUCUAAUGGUGAAAAGUACUUUCACCUCCAGCCUGCUAGAGUAGAAGGAAGGAUGGUUUGCUCUUAUGGUACUGCAAUACAACGUGAAGAUUUAUUGGAAUUUUCAUAACCCAUAUUAA